AUGGAACAGGCAUUAUUACAAAGAAAAGUAGUACGUCGUCGUUUUACUAUGUGUGCUAAACGUAUAGAAGAUUUUCUAGAGAAGAAUGAUAAAACAGGUAUGAGCGCGGAAAUAUUAAAUAUCACCAAAAUUUUCGACGAAUUAACAUUCCUCCAAAACAAAUUAAUGGAUUUGUGGUUGAACAUGGAGGAACGGGACGAAAAUUUUUUUGAUGAUGAUUUAGAACUGUCCGAGGCUUACACCAGUAAAUUCUAUUUGUUGAAACACAAAGUCAGCGAGAACUGCAGUCUUGCGGUAGCCCGCUCUUCGGCCUCUGAUACUGUAAUUAAAGCAGAUAGUGAGAGUGGAGAGACUUCCCAAAGGCAUCGUCGCCACUUUCGUCUUCCGAAGUUACAGCUUACUUUAUUGAACGAAGAGAUAAAAAGUUGGAUUCCAUUCUGGACACAGUUCAAGAAGAUUGACUGCGACAGCGACAUAGAUGAUGAAGAUAAAUUUCAAUAUCUCCUACAAAGUAUUGAGAAAGGUUGUAACGCCAGGGAGUUAGUGGAAAGUUUUCCACCCUCAGCAGAAAACUACCCAAAGGUAAUGCAACAGCUCAAACAAAGGUAUGGAAAAGAUGAACUUAUAAUAGAAUAUUACGUUAGAGAACUCUUAAAGUUAACAAUCGUUCAAAGAAACGAUAAUUCUAAGAUGGCCACUCGUAUCCUAUAUGAUAAACUAAUGACUCAGAUUCUUGCUUUAGAAUCUCUCGGCGUGACGCAAGAUAAGUAUGCCGCCUUUUUAUUUCCAAUGGUGGAAUCUGCACUGCCGGAAGACAUAUUACGCGCAUGGAACAGAUGUCAGACGAACGUCGCGACUAACGAUAAAGAAAAGAGUCAGCUGACACAAUUGUUACAUUUUGUUCGUAAGGAAGUUGAAUCUGAAGAAAAAAUUAAUUUAUCACGAGGAGGUUUUUCUAGCGUGGAUCCAAAUCCUGUAAUUCCGUCAGCAAGUUUUUUAAGUACAGCUGUCAGAAACAAAGAGAAAAAUGUCGUGCAUACUAAAAAUGAAAUAAGAAAAUGUGUAUGGUGCGAUAAACCCACGCAUAAUAGUUCUGAAUGUAAAAGGCCUAUUAAAUGGGAUUUAGAAGAAAAGAAAGAUUUUCUGAAAAAGAAGAAUACAUGUUUGAUAUGUCUAAAAAUUGGACAUCAUGCAAAAAAAUGUAGAAAAUAUCCCAAAUGCAUUGUUUGUGAAAAAAGACAUUAUCCCAUUAUGUGUGCCGAAUUACCUAAGAUUUCAAAGAAGGCAGAAGAUCAAGUACUUAAACAGUCUAUAAAACCGAGUACAGUUUUAUUGCAAACUGUCAAACUAAAUUUAGUAUACAAAGAGAAAACCAUUACAGUGAGAGCCCUUUUGGAUUCAGGUGCUCAACGCUCUUUUAUGAGGUCAGAUGCAAUCGAGAAAUUGAAUAUUAAACCUACAGGUAAUGAACACUUAAGGCACAAUUUGUUCGGCGGAGUAGUGACUAAAUUAAAAAAUCAUAGAUUAUUUAUAUUAAAUUGCAAAAGCCUCAAUAGUAAGUAUGAAAUUCAAAUAGAGGCACUUGAGCAGAGGAAAAUAUGCGAUAAUUUGCCAAAGAUAAAGUCAGGCUCACUUUUGUCACAACUACAGGAUAAAGGUAUUGACAUCACUGAUUGUAUUAAUGAAGUGACAGAGAUUUCUUUAUUAAUUGGUUCUGAUGUUUUAGGUUCGUUGUACACUGGGCGAUCAGAACAUGUAAGUGACAAUUUGGUGGCGAUCGAGACAAAAUUUGGUUGGGUAAUUCAGGGACCUACUUCUGGUACGUAUUGUAAUUUUACUUCAAUACACGCUUGUUCAUUUGAUAUUGAUGACCUGUGGAAACUUGAAUCAAUAGGUAUAAAAGAUGAGGCGCAGGUUAAAAGUUCUCGGAAGCGUGAGGAAGAAGUUGAGAAUUUUUUUAGAGAAACUGUAAACAUAAAUGGUGAGAAUAGCAAUAAAACGUCUUCACUCAACUACUAA